CCUCCUCCUGGCCGACAUGUGGAACUCGCGGGUUAAAAAUACAGAAGCUCAUAUUGCACGAAAUUGCCUUUGCAGAAAUUCUGGUCAUUGCUGCUGCUUAAUUACAGCUUUUAACUGCGCUCCGGUUUGGUUAAAUUGUUUUUUUUUAGCCCACUGCACAUCAUGUCGACGGUCUUUUCUUUUCAAAACCAGCUCUCUUCAAUCAUGGACGCAUUAUCCAAAACUGCUGUGCUGGAAAUAAGCAAACUGGUGGAGAUCGAGUCCAAGAUGCUUAAAAUAGAAAUAAAUCGGGGGCGGAAUGAAAUCGCUUCACUCACAGAAAAACUGCAGCUGAUGGAGAAACUACUUUAUAUGGCGCAGAGUAAUAGACAGGAGUCCACAGGAGUAAUGGUAAGGGGAGCCUCGGACAGGGGACUGGUGGCACAGCCUGACAGGACAAAACCUGCCAUAAACAGCUCACAGCGUCCUGAUGAGAGUCCAAGAGAGACCAUCACCUCCUCAACCGAAGACACGAAUCUGCAACAAAAGACAGAACAUUCUCAGUCUAUUGAAAACCCAGUGAAGGAACAGCCUGAACUAAUUGUUAUCAAGGAGGAGCCAUCAGAUGUAGAGUGUGGAAUCUCUGAUGAGAGUAGCACAGGUGAAAACAGAAAGCCUGUGAUUGCGGAUAUACAGGUGAGCUCAGACAUAGCUCAGUGCCCCCAAACUGUCAGACUUGCUCCAAACAGCCAGUCUCCUCUCUUUAAUGAUAAUUUUGUUAAAGUGAACAAUCAUUCACCUCAAGUUGGAAGUGAACGUGCAUGGACUUUACAGCUCUCCUCUACCUGCACCAACCUGGAAAACGAAAAAGCUAUGAGUCGAAAUGUAGUUCCUCCUGGCAAUAACCCGGGUAGGAAUGUAAAGGUUCUUAACAUAAGAAACUCCUCUACCAAAAGGUUCAGCUGUUUGCAGUGUGGCAAGAACUUCAGAUGUUUCAGUCAGCUUGAAAUACACCAGAGGAGUCACACAGGAGAAAAACCUUUCAGAUGUACAUUGUGUGGUAAAAAAUACGCACAAAAAGGACACCUGUACACACACCAACGCACACACACAGGAGAAAAGCCAUACGGAUGUCCUAUCUGCGGGAAAGGAUUCAUCCAGAAGUGCACUUUGGACAUGCACCAGCGCACGCACACAGGAGAGAAGCCCUUUGUUUGUAUCAAGUGUGGGAAAGGAUUUACCAAAAACUGUAAUCUCAAGAAACACCUCGCAGUUCAUCUAGACACUUCUUUGCACAUUUAUGGCAAUGAUUCAGCACCAACAUUCAGUGGCUCAUUCAUCAAUAGGACGACUUGUCUGCGUGUUUUCUUCUCGUUUUCCCUUUUUAUAGUGCUCCACAGCUUGGGGUGUGUGACAGAGCAACAGUUUGAGGAUGUCCUUGUUAAGAUCUAUAAAGAAGUGGACAGAAGAAAGUGUUUAGGUGUAACAUCGGCCAAACGAGCUGUUGCUAUAAGAGACAUUUACCAACCUCUGCACUCUCAUGUUUACCACCUCAAGGAGUCUUUCCUUGCACAAAGAUUCAAGCACAUAGUGGAGUACUGCCAAGGCACCAAUGCAAGUCCAGAUGGCCUGUUGGAACUUUUAGAUGAAGUGCCAGGUCAAAGGAUUUAUCAGUUCCCUGUGUUUGAGAAACAGUUUUGUGAAGAGCUGCUUCAGGAGAUGGAGCACUUUGAGCAGUCUGCAGCACCCAAAGGAAGGCCCAACACUAUGAACCACUAUGGGAUCCUCCUGAAUGAACUUGGUUUUGAUCUGGGUUUCAUUACUCCUCUUCGUGAGCGAUACCUUCAUCCAAUCACCUCUCUCCUGUAUCCAGACUGGGGAGGACACUGCCUGGACAGCCAAAAGGCCUUUGUUGUUAAAUAUGACAUGCAUGAGGAUCUCGACUUGAGUUAUCAUUAUGACAAUGCUGAAAUCACUCUCAAUGUUUCUUUGGGUAGAGAUUUUACAGAAGGCAACCUUUAUUUUGGCAAUAUGAGACAGGUUCCUCUUAGUGAGUCUGAAUGUGUAGAAGUUGAACACAGAGUGACUGAGGGCGUCCUGCACAGGGGCCAGCACAUGCACGGGGCCCUGCCCAUUUCCUCUGGACAACGUUGGAACCUGAUCAUUUGGAUGAGGGCUUCUCAAAUUCGACGUCUGUGCGGAGGCAAUCUUCCAAUAAUUUGGAUCGCCAGUCGAACUGUCGAGAUGAUGUGCAACAGCACGAGUCGAAGUUUCCGCACGCAGUUAGCUGCAAUCUGGGAAAAGCUAACGAAAGCAGCGUUUAUGGAAAUAAGCAACCUCGCCGAUGAGUGUUCCGCUGUCCUUCACACCGAGAUAUCUCUGCACAAGACUGAAAACGAGGCGCUGAAGAAGAGGUGCUACUCACUGGAGGUCCAGCUGAGAGCGGCUAAAGAGGCACACACCUACCCCUUGCAUGGCAACAGUAUGGCCCCCCGGCAUCCCGCAGAUCAGCAGCACCAGUCUCCAGAGAUUGAGGGAGUGUUUGGAAAGGACUGGUGCAUGGACCUAUGGAGAGAGGAUAAAGCCCUACCUCGGGAAAAGGAGUCUGUUGAUGCUAUGACAAGUCUUCAGGCACAGACUAUAGAUUUGAUUGAUAGAGACCCAGAUCUUAUAUUUGUCAAAGAGGAGACCUACGAUGAUCACCCCAUUGGACAUCACAUGCCACUACCAGAAACUCGAACUGGUGCUGGGAUUUUUGAGAACAACAUGCUUCAUCGAUCUGUUGAGCAGCAGCUCCAAAAUGAGCUCAACAACUUCCAGUUCAUGACUGAAAGUCACAACACAAGCCAGCAAUGCACUCAGCCAGCUCUAACCACAGAAAACCUCAUAGAAGAAGCUACAAUGAACAAUCUAGUUUCUACUGCUAAUGUUCCCACAGUGUCUACUUACUCACACAAUAUAGACAUGAAUACUGCCAAAGAUGUGACCUUUCAGCCAAAAGCCAUCAAACCCAACAAACGAUUUGAGUGUUUGUUUUGUGGCAGAAUAUUUAAUUAUUUGAGCAGUUUGAAAGUUCAUAUUAGAAGACACUCAGGUGAAAAACCAUUUAACUGUACAGUUUGUGGGAAGCGUUUUGCUCAGAAAACAUACCUUAAGUUGCACCAGCGCGUGCACUCAGGUGAGAGACCAUACAGCUGUCCAGACUGUGGCAAAAGUUUCUCUCAGAAAAGUUCUCUGAACAUCCAUCUACGCACCCACACAGGGGAGAGGCCAUACAGCUGUGUGGACUGUGGAAAAAGUUAUGCUUACAAGUAUGGGCUCAAUCACCAUCAGUGUAUUCACUGACCUCAUAAAGCUUAUGGCAUCUUAUGGCCUCACUUUAAAGCCAGGUAAACCCAGAGCUCACCUCAAAAACACACUGCAUAGAUUCUACAUUUACAUUUAAAUAUGUACAAAAUGAGAUGGAAUGCCAAACGAAAUGUUUACUGCACCACGCCAUACUUUUGGCUUGUGUUGAAGGAAAGCACGACAGACCAAAAUGACACGUUCACUGUAAUAACCUCAUAACCUCAUUAUGGCCAUUCAUAGUAUGCCUUUAACAGGUGUGUACUGUACCUUAUCUUUAAAAUAUUUUGGACAGAUACUCCAUUUGCAUAGACUUAGCAUAAACUACCUCUAACAUCACAACUUACAAUUCAUACCUCAUUCUUUAAUGCAACAGAGCAGAAAGUAGCAGCUUAUCAGUGAAAAAAAAUUAUAUUUUUUCCUUGCAGAUUUUAUUCACACAUUUUUUGUUCAAAGCCAUCAAUCAGAGUUAUAGCAUGCGCAAACAAGCCAUGCAUAUAUUUUUGUAGUUUUUUUUUAGCUGUUUAUUUCUUUACAUUUCAGUUCUAUUGCUAAUAAUACUGUGUUCAUGUUUCUAUAAUGCAAGUUUCUAAAAGAUUCAUUUAUUUAAGUCUUUCCACACUGAUGUGUAGAUGGCAGGAUU